CCCUGCGCGCCCGGCCACGCCCUCGCCUGAGAGGCGCACGGAGGCGGAGCCCGACCGUCUGACGACGCUUCCCAUGGCUGACAGUGCUGUGCGUAGUUCUGUGGGCCUCGGUCCCCCGCUUGCCCGUGCCUCCCGGAAGGCUACAGGUAUUAAACAAACAAGUGUCUUGAAAAAAGAAGAUGCUUCCAAAAGGAAAGCAGAACUGGAAGCAGCUGUGAAAAAGAAGAUUGAGUUUGAGAGAAAAGCUCUGCAUAUUGUCGAACAGCUAUUAGAAGAGAACAUUACAGAGGAAUUCCUAGUGGAAUGUGGGAAGUUUAUCACACCUGCUCACUACAGUGAUGUUGUGGUUGAACGUUCAAUUAUCAAAUUCUGUGGUUAUCCUUUAUGUCAGAAGAAGCUGGGCAUCGUACCAAAACAGAAAUACAAAAUUUCUACCAAAACCAAUAAAGUCUAUGAUAUUACUGAAAGAAAGUCUUUUUGCAGCAAUUUUUGUUACAAAGCAUCUAAGUAUUUUGAAGCACAAAUUCCCAAAACUCCAGUAUGGGUUCGAGAAGAAGACAGACAACCUGAUUUUCAGCUCCUAAAGGAAGGACAAAGUGGCCAUUCAGGAGAAGAAGUACAGUUAUACAGUAAAGCCAUUAAAACAUCAGAUAUUGAUAAUCCUGGUCAUUUUGAAAAGGAAUAUGAAUCUAGUUCUUCUACCACUUGUAGUGAUAAUAGCAGUGAUAAUGAACAAGAUUUUGUUUCCUCCAUUCUACCAGGAAAUGGGCCAAAUGCAAUGGGUACAGGGCCACAGCUGCACAAAAAAGGCAUAAGGAAAAAGAAAACUGGUCAAAAAACUAACUCCGCACUCAAAGACAAAGAACAGACACUAGUAGAAGUCACUGAGCAGUUAGGCAUUUGCACAUUAGAUAAUCAAAAGAAAGCUGCUGCUUGUGAACUUCCUUUUCAAAAAGAAAGAAUUUCUUCAAAAAAUCCUUCACAUGCAAGAUUAAAUGCUUUAGGAUAUUUUGAAAACAAAUGUAAUACAUCAGAAGUAACUCUUGUAGGUAUAAGUAAGAAAAGUGCUGCGCAUUUUAAGAAGAAAUUUGCCAAAUCAAAUCAAGUUUCUAGUUCAGUGCAGAUGUGUCCUGAAAUUGCAAAGAUGAACUUACUUAAAGUUCUGAGGGAGACUUUGAUUGAGUGGAAGACAGAAGAAACUUUGAGAUUUUUGUAUGGCCAAAAGUGUGCUUCUGUAUGUUUGAAACCCUCUUCAACUUGUGUAGUUAAUGAAGAACUUGAUGAAGAUGACAUAAACUCUGAUUCCGAUAAUCACUCCCUUCCUUUACGGGGACCUCAGAGUAGCCUGGAUGAGUCUUUACCUUUCAGAGGCUCAGAUACAGCUGUUAAGACACUACCAAGUUAUGAGUCCUUGAAAAAAGAAACUGAAACAUUCAAUCUGAGGAUCAGGGAAUUUUAUAGAGGACAGUAUGUUUUGAAUGAAGAUACCACCAUAUCACAAGACUCAGAAGAGCAUGAUUCCACCUUCCCGCUGAUAGAUUCAAGUUCCCAGAAUCAGAUUAGAAAACGCAUCGUACUUGAAAAAUUGAGUAAAGUAUUGCCUAAACUUUUAGGUCCUCUUCAGAUUCCCUUAGGAGAUAUUUACACUCAACUUAAAAAUCUUGUCCGAACUUUCAGAUUAACAAAUAGAAAUAUUAUACACAAUCCUGUAGAAUGGACUUUAAUUGCAGUGGUGUUGCUGUCAUUUCAUCCUGUUUUCUUUGAUUACUGUCAUUAAACCUACUCUUACAAGAGGAGACUCUACCAAUGCUGACCAAAAUCUGGGAAGGUUUCAGAUAAAAACCAGCAGCCAAAGUGAAGUAUCAAGAAACAGCUAUCUGGCCCUUUAUGUAUAGCCUACUUGCCAGAAAUGGGAAUCAGGUUUGCUCAGGUGUAUUUGUACUUAAGAUGUAACUUUUUCACCAACAUUUAAUAGAGAACCUUUAUAAAUAGUCCACCACUUUGUAUUCCUGUGGUUAAUUUUAGCAUAAGAAUCGAAUGUCGUCUCUUAGUGGGUAGCCAGAGAAAGAGUUGUGUGUUAUGCUUCAUGUGAAUCAUUUAGGUAUCUAAUGAAGGAGAUGAAUACUUAAACUUCGUAUUACCCAGAAAAGAUAGAAGAUAAUGGAACUUGUAAUCUAAAGCAGAUACCAUAUGUGCUAUUUCUACUUUUAUACCCCUGAUGUUUUCUAAUGGAAAGCUUUCAAGACCAUCUUCAAAAAUGUCUGCUUUCAUUUUAUUUAUCUGAACUGGCUGUUUCCAGUGAACUGUGGCCCGCUUCCUAGGCAGAGACCAUGCAAUAGUUUAUUCCCUCUAAAAGCUUUGAGUAUUCCUGUUGUUCAGGGAGUAGCAUGUAAGUCCUGGGAAAUGGUAUUUAAACAAGCUCAACUUGGCCAUGAUCGCUAAACAAAAGCCAUCACUGGACAUGGGCAGCCACUUUAGGUAACCAUCAUACAGAUAAGAUACUCUGGAGAGUCUCUUCCCUAGGGCUACCAGGCAUGAAUGGAAAGAUGUGACUAAGGCUUUU